AUGAUGACAAACCGGAAUCCGAUGACCGAGAGGAUCCUGGAUCUAAUCUUGGAGGUCAACUACCUGCUGACUGGAGAGGUGAGGGAUUCUGGGAAUGUCACAGCAACUACAUACUCUUUUUUUUUUUUUUUUUUUAUAUAUAUAUAUAUAUCUAUAGACCUCUGUCUUCAAAUAUAAGAUACAUUUGUGAAGUAGCUUCUGUGCACAUCUUUAAUAAUUAAUGGGAUUUCACUGUGAGAUGUUCUAGCUUUAUCUUUCAAUGAGGCAAUUGACGUUCUCUGUAGGUAGAUAUGAUUUUUGUUCUUAUGCUUUCCACACCGAGUCCAGGGAGCAUUGAGCUAACCAUGCUGGGAAAGUGCAGAGAGGGGGUCUGAUUCACUGCACAUCAUUGCACAGCUUGUGCUGUCAGUAGCCAGCCUGAUCCGUGGGAUUUCUCCAGAGCAGGCCCACCUUGCUGUAUUUCUCUCUUCCUGCUGUGUUUCACGAAGGAGCUUGCUGGUACUGCACAAUAAUGACCUGUCUCUGUCAUUAGUGUACUGGUCUGAAACUGAGGUGGGCGGGCAAGAGGAAUCGGGGGGAGACUGAAGUAACUCAAAAUAAAAUAUUAUAAUAAUGGCCAUGAAAACUGUGGCGAAAUUAACCUCUCUACUUGCCAGCCUCUUGCCCUUAGACUAUGGCCCCAUGUUGAAACGCUUGAUUUUCCCCUGCAAAGACACGAAAGCCGGGUCAUUCGGUGCUUGCCCUGUUUGAGCGGUGAUACCCCAGAUAGCUAUGCCAUGGAGCCUAUUCGUAUAAUGAAAGACUAUGGGAAAGACUUUGGCUCCAUGGAAAUUGAACUGUAUGUGUGUGCUCUGAGCGCCAUUCAGUAAUAAUGUGCGCUCAGAUCUGAGCUAUCUGGGGAUAUGUUGAAUGUACCUGUUUUGUGCAAUGGCUGCACAGUUAUAUAUUUUUAUGUUUUUAUGUGUUUUAUUGUCUUUUGCUGCCAUGUGUUCAAUGGAGUUUUGCCUCCGUCCUUGGAGAUAAUUGGAUUACUUCCCAACUAUCUCCAGGAUAGAAGACUAUGUGGAACUGGUUUUGGGCAGAAAAGCUAUGCUUCAUUUGGUCACAAAGGACUUCGGACUAACUUUUGAACUAAUGGAAGGAUUUGCAUGAUUUUUGGUUAUGUUUAUAUUUAAAGUAUGCUGAUUCUAAUUACGUAUGUUUUAUGUGAAUAUGAUGCAUAUUUGUAAAGUUACAGUAUAUGUGUAAAAAGUGUAUCUUUCCUUAACCCAUUGUGUUCAGUAAUUAUAUCACAGGCAGAGGGGAGGGAUUGUAUGUUGGUGCUGGGUGUGUUUUACGGUUUUCCUGUAAAUGAUUGGUUGUACUGUGUCCCACCCUGUGGAAUGUCCCCUUUGCAUGGGGACUUGCAUAAAAGCCAGUGUGUGGUCAUUAAAAGGAGAUCAUCUUGUACCUUUCUUGAAGCCUUGGCUCAUGUUUGGGGGAUUGGAGAACUACACUCUGGGGAUUGCUAUAAUCACUAUACUCCCCAGGGUAUGAUCACUAAGCUCUGCUAAGAGCUUGUUCUUAUUCCUGCUCUCUGGGGAAAGAGAGGUUCCCCACUGGAAACUGGACCCUGGCCAGGGUGGGUGGAGACGGCGAGACCCCGGCGCAGCUGCAUCGCUGGAAGUGGGGUCUGCAGUGCUGAUGGUGUCGGUUGGAGUGCUUGGAGUCCUCAGCGAGCACUAGGAGCAUCGAUUGGCAGAGGUACUCAGUCGGAGUGCCAGCGGUCCGUCACAGAAACUGCUCAUCAUCAGUACUGAAUUGUCCUAAACUCUGACUGUAAUUAUUUCAAUGUAGACCGCCAUACCCUGAGGAUGUGUUUCUGUCAGUCAUUGUUUCCAUCUAACGCACAUAGGACUGAGUGACAGAGAGUGAGUCAGGAAGGGCAGAGGAGGAUGGUAAAUGGGUCACGGUGAACCAGACUGUAUAGAGAGCUCAGUGUGCAGAAGGAUAUGGAAAAAGGCUGCUGGCACUUCAAGAGACAAAGGAUUAUGGAAUAGUGUUGUUGGGGCACUGAGACAAAACACAAUUUAUUUGAAUUAAAAAGACUGACCUUUUUACCGUGUGUAUAUGAUAUAUAGUUACAGAGGCUGAAAAGAGACAUGUGUCCAUCAAGUUCAGUCUUCUUCACAUCUGUUUUUACUGUUGAUCCAAAAGAAGGCAAAAAAACCCAGUUUGAAGUGUAACAGAUCACCUGGCACCCUGACUGGGUACCUCCGUUGAUGGAUGCUCCUAGCGCUUCUUGAGGAUUCCAUGCACUCUAGCUGACACCACAACCACCGCAGGCCGAACCUCUCUUCGGAGCGAAGCAGGAACAAGCUCUUAACCCCAUCAGGACGCAGGACGAUUCAGGACCGUCCUCGGCAUUUUUGCGUUGCCGACCGAGGACGGUCCUGAACCGUCCUAAUGGAAAACGGGCGGCGGGAGCGAUCGGAGAUCACUUCCGCCGAAAUCCCGUUGUUACUAUCUGCCCGGCAUCCCAGGCAGAUAGUAACAGCCAAUUGCGGCAUGUGAGCGAUCCGCAAUCGCUCAAAAUUGGCUGGUGUCAAAGUGGGUGUUACAAACACUCACUUUGACACUGAUCUCUGACUCUCUCCCCUCUGUAGCGUUUUGUGAGGCGAGAGAGACAGAGAUCAUGAAAGUUUGUUGCAGCAGGGUUUCCAGAGAGAAUUAAAAAGUAUCAGCAGUUAAUAAAAAUUCCCCUUUAACCCCUUCCCUGACAGAUCUGUUACAGACAAUGCAUUUGUACUGUCUGUAUUUUUUUUUUUUUGCCCUUAAGGGUUAACUUUAUUUUAAAAAAUCUGUGUCUUAGACUGUCUUUGACUGUCGUAGUCAGUUAGUUUAGGGAUUAAUGUUUUAGUCUGUUUUAGUGUGUAAAUUUUUUUUUAUUGUGUUUAGUAUUUUGUUAGUUUAGUCUGUUAGUGUGAAACAUGCAGCGCAUGUACAGAUUGGAGUAGGCAUAUGCCUUCUUAGCGUCAGACUCUGACGCCACUGACACUGCGUCCGAUUUUGACCCAGGUCAGUUUAGCGACACGUCUAGUGACAUGUCAUCUGUGUGUGAGCCAGCUUCUAAAAGAAGCUGUCCUUCCCUGCUACUCCGAAUGUGGAGGAGGACUGGGUACCUCCACAGUCAGCUGAGCCCAACAUCCCCCCUUUUAGUGCCAACGCAGGCAUUAAUGUGAAUGUGGUUGACUUCUCCCCUAUACAAUAUAUGGAGUUAUUUUUAGGGCAUACCAUCUGGGAGGAGAUUGUUUCCCAGACUAAUUUAUACUCUAGCCAACUUACUGAGACCAAUCCAGGUAGCUAUACAGUAAGGGGGCAUGCUUGGCAUCCCACAGAUGUCGCUGAACUUAAAACAUUCUGGGCUCUUACCAUGCUCAUGGGGAUAAUAAAGAAGCCAUCAAUCCGCUCUUACUGGAGCACCAACCCAAUUUGUUCGACUCCUAUAUUCUCCCAAACAAUGCCUAGACCAAGAUAUGAGCUGCUGCUGAGAUACUUACAUUUCAACGACAAUACGCUCUGUCACCCCAGAGAUCACCCCCAAUAUGAUAGGCUUCAUAAAAUACGCCCACUGGUAGACCAUCUUCAGAACAGAUUUUCUGAAGUUUAUACUCCCCAACAAAAUGUAUCUAUUGAUGAAUCCCUUAUGAAAUAUAAAGGGAGAUUAGGGUUCAAACAGUAUAUCCCUUCAAAGCGGUCUAGGUAUGGCAUUAAAGUGUACAAACUGUGAGAGAGCGAAAGUGGCUACACAUUUGCCUUUCGUGUAUAUGAGGGGAAAGAUGCUCAACUGAACCCUCCUGGCUGUCCUGACUCUCUGGGGACAAGUGGGAAACUUGUUUGGGACCUACUGAUCCCCUUGUUCAAUAAGGGUUACCACCUUUAUGUGGACAAUUUUUACAGCAGUGUCCACUUGUUUAAAAUUCUUUAUAGUUUGCAGACACUGGCCUGCGGCACUGUAAGAAGAAAUGCCAAGCUGUGACGGUAGUAUAGGGUAUCACCGUCAAGCAUUCCCUUCUUCCCAUAAAAGAAAAACGCCCAAUAUUCCACGAGUAGAAAUAUCCCUGGAAUCGCCGAAUAAUCCACACAUGAGCCAAAGCUUAAUGCUGGAACAAGACUAAUUUACUGGCACACAGAACUCACAAUUUAUGCAACACAAAACUCCUCCUCUGGGCCAGGCUAGAUAAUUGAGUUUCUACAAUACACAAAGCUCAAUUAUCUGCUGGCCAGAAACAUAAAAUGUUUUAAAAAUUUCAGAAACAUACUUUUUACAAGACAUACAAAUAUACUUUUAACAUCCCUGGAUAGCUGAGGAUACUCGUAGUUACAUAUCCAAAUCUCACGAAUUUCCGUUCGGUAGUUUCCGUGUCGCAUCGUGUGGACGUUUGACCGGCUUGCCAUGUGGAGGUAUCAGAGUUAGAGUUCCAUAGAAUCAGUAGCAAGAGCCGGUCUCCGUUCGCAUCUAACUAGACGAAAACCACCGUUCGUAUGGUUCAGCUGGUUACAUGUGAAUGUUCCCCUCAUUCGGUAGAUGCUAUCUACCGAACGCUAGUUUGAUUCGUGGAGGGGAACGUAUUCAUCCAGGACUUCCAUGGGGACCGGGCGUUCGCAUGUUUGCCAAGCCGAAAUUAGUUCCAGGCAAUUCAUGCGUAAGCCCCGCUGACCGCAUUCGUGAGUUUUAAGAUGGCUGCCAUCCUUUGUUCUCGCCACGUGUUCAUAUGUCGAAUGGCGGCCACCUAGUAGCAAUAAAGUCGCGGUUUUCUCUGCGUUCUAAUGCUGAUUGCUACCCAGGGUGUGUGGUCUCCGUUCGGUAAACGAAUACAUUUAUUCUCAACAUUUUGAACCGAACAAAUACAAACAUUAAAGCAGCAGGGAGAGGGUUAAGCUGAAAGCACACAGGCAAAUACAUAAAAGUCCUUCACAAUAGCAAUCCCUUGUAGCAGAUUCCCCCAAUAAGAGACAGGACUCCAAAUUGAGGGUGAAGUAGAACUGCUGUGUAAUGACACAUACUCUGCUUUUAUGCAAUUCUCCCCUGCAAGGGAGACACCCACGGACAAUUAUACAAUACCCAAUCACACAUUGGUUUCAUCCCACACAUCUCCUCCCCUUAGCCUGAGAGGUAACCCAAUUAUCCGUACAUUUUAAAACACACUUUUUACAAAACUUUCAUAACUCUAAAACCAUACAUCAAAUAUUAAUACAAUUCACAUAUUAUUAAUCAGCACAUAUCAAAUACAAACAUACCCAAAAAUCAUUCGAAUCCGUUCAGCCGUUCGGGAGAUACAUAUAAGUCACUUUUGACCGACCGCAAGCACAUUUCCAUGCUCAAAACAGUUCCAUGGAUUUGGACUGUGCGGUCGGUCUAUUUUACACUGAGAAAAUGACUAAGUCCCAUUCAAACGAGUGUUCGAAUCUUGUGCCACAGUGUCGAAGUAGAGUAGAACGUAUGGGUCAGCGGUGUUCGUGCACUUGGGUAGCCAAAAACAGUUCCAUAGAUUUAGCUGCACACACCGCUGACCGCGUUCGAAUUAGUUAAAAUGGCCGCCGCCACGUGUCCGGUAUUCGAAUGGCGGCCACUUUGAGUUAUGGAUUUUUGUGUUAAAACCCGGUUCUGCUGUACGGAGGGAUAAUCCACUAAACAGGAUAGUCUAGUGGGAGUAUCCCUCAUUUACAGGAAAGUCCAUGGUGGGAGAAAUGCUCUGUAUAUUCAGUUCCCCAUGUAGUCCUCUACUGUAAUGCCCCUGUAAAGUGACUAAGGAAACCCCUUGCAUGGGGAAUCACAUAAAUAUUCAGUUGACUCCCAGAACUGUGUUUCGUCUGGUUACUGGGGGAUUUGGGAUAUUGCCUUCUUUUCCAGCGCUUUACUUUGGAUUACUUUCUAUACCAGCGGAGAUCUUGGGAUUUAAUAUUGCAGCUCCGCUACAAGCAGUUACAAAGAAAAGUGGCUCUGUGGGUGCCUCUACUGGGAGAACAGCCCCUGGAGGAGUGGGUGACGUAACUUGAGGACCUAGUAUGGAGGGAGCUGUGGCUGGACGAGGCUUACGCAGCCCGGCUAGAGUGGUACGCAGCCCGGCGUGACCAGUGGAUGGGGGAGGACUAUAAUAGCCUGUUGUGGGAGGCCCUGGAGGAGGACAUUGAUUUUGGAAGUCCAGCAUAGUUUCGUCUCUGGGUCAUCCACAGUACUAGGGAAACCCUAAUGUAUCUUCAUGGAGCUGCCCACCUGGGGCCAGACCUGAUCCAUCUGGUCACCCUGGAAUGAGAGCUGGAGCUGGAUUACCAACAACUGUUAAGCUUGGGUUAGCGGCGGUGUAUCCUGCAGGGAGAGGAGACUUGUGCAUUUUUUACCAUGAAGUGCGUAUCUUUGCAUUUUUUCUACCUCAAAUUUCAUCUGCCAUUUGAGUGCCCAGUCCCCCCUCUCCCCAACCACAGCUGGAGUUACAGGGAGUGGAGACAGUUGGUCCCACUCCCCAGCGACAGUGUACCAUACAGGGAGAAGAGACAACUGGUCCCUCUCCCCAGCAGCAGCAGGCAUCUCUGGGAGUGGAGACAACCAGUCUCAUUCCCCAGUGGCAGCAAGCAUCACUGGAAGGGGAAACAACCGUGUGGCGGAACCAGCCUCGCCAACGGGCAUUGGAGAAGACUGUUUGCGAGCUUCUUGCCCUGCGACUAUGGUCCUGAGAUGUAUUGCCCUUCUAGGAACUGAUUUGGGCAUAAUAGAUUUUUAUUAUGCUGCUGACCCUUUAAGAACCAUCUGGGGACAUACUGUGGAGUUACUGGGUGGCCACCAUUUCAUGUAUCAGAGGCACAUGGUGAGAACAAUGGAUGGCGGCCAUUUUAACUCACAGACACUGUUUGGACUUUUCUACACGGUGCCAUCUUGCCGGUAUUUGGUGCACAACAGGGGACACAUUAUACAGUAAUUAUUUUUCAUAUAGCCUGUAUAUGUUCUGCGGAAUCUGCAUUAAACAGCGUCUUCCAAACUACUGAACGGAUCUGGGUGAAUUUUGGAUAUGUGGUUCACCCAGAUUCCCCGGUUCCGAGGAUAUACUUUUUGUGGGGUUGUUGCAUGUUUUGGGGUCCCUGUGAUAUGUUUUAUGGUGCUGUAUUUCUCUGCCUGUGAUAAUUAGAUUAACCAUUGUGUUCAGUAAUCAUAUCACAGGCAGAGUUGGAGGACUUUGUGUGUAUUGUACGGAUUGAUUGGCUGUGUUUCAAAACCCUGUGGGCAGUACUAUAUUUGUGGAUUGUGAAUAAAAGAGGCUGUAUGUGCCAGUACAGUCAGUUCUGCUUGACCUCAAAACGAACACAUUUUCAGUAAAAGACAUAAAAUUACAUACAGUUACAUUUAUUACAUAAAACAUGUACAUUCUACAUAUCCCCAGAUAGCUUAGAUCUGAGCGCACAUUACUACCGAAUGGUGCUCAGAUCACAUACAUACUGUAAAAUCGCCAUGGAGCCAAAGUCUUUCACAUAUUCUUUCGUUACAUGAAUAGGCUCCAUGGCUUAGCUAUCUGGGGUGAUGCUGUUCAUCCAGUUAAACUACCGAAUGAACAGUCAUUUGGUUCUGCUACCGAAUGGAGAGGUAAGGAGGCUGGCGGCUCAGCGGUGUUCGCGCCAAUAAGUGUCCGUUUUCAGUUCCAUAGUUUGGGCGCUGAACACUGCUGGCCGUUCGGGAGGUAAAAUGGCCGCUGCCACGUGUUCGGCAACUGAACAAAGGCCACCCAGCGUACAUCAAUUAAGCACAAUUAACCGCAGCUUCUGGGCGGUCAAUUGACGGCACACUCCAGUUCCCAGGUGGUCCAUCGUUCGGUAGUUUGUUCGGUAGACUGAAUCUACCGAACACCCUGGCAGAAAGGCACAAAUAAACCUUUCAGCAGGGAAAAUAACAGGUCUGAACUGCAGGGCCAUAGUGUAAAGGGAGCAGGCGAGCAACCAGGCUUCUCCAGUGCAUAGUGGCGAGGUUGGUUCCGCCACAAAAGUGUCGUCUCGUUAUUGGUGGAAUUGGAAUGUAUGCUGAUUCCCAGGAGUGUAAGCUGAUUGUAUGCUUUUCCUGUUCAGCUGCUUACAGCAUUCAUAUGCUUGAGAGCAUUCGUAUGCUUCUCCGGUUCAGUGGUUGUGGUGUCUGCUGCAGUGCUUGGAGUCCUCAGGAAGCGCUAGGAGCAUCCUUCAACUGAGGUACCCAGUCGGGGUGCCAGGUGAUCCGUUACAAACCGGUCUGACUUCAGUCUGACAACUGGUAUCAUUCCCCAGCGGCAGUGCCUGGUAUCAGACACCAGGGAUAACUGACACUACACCCACAACAAAGUGGACCUACCAGGGCAGUGCAUUUCACAGGAGGCUAGCAGGUUAGCUAGUUGUUUUUGGGCAGGCUUCUUGACUAACUUAGGUACAGACCGGCAGGAGGUCUGGUACCUUGUUAGUCUUCCCACGGGGGUUGGGAAUAGCUAGGAAGCAUAAUUGGCAGAGGUACCCAGUCGGGGUACCAGGUGAUCCGCCAGAAGUUAGACAUAUGUAGCUGCAGCGGACCACUGGUAACCCUACUGGUUACCUCUGCUAAACUCUUCUCUCAACCAGAACUGGAACUGCUGGUGAAUAUAGCUCUGUUCCCCCAGUAACCAGACAAGACCUGGUUCUGGGAGUAAUCUGUUUUAUUACUCAGAAUGCAACAUUUUAUGCCCAGUCUCCAAGCAUGGGAUUCCCAUUCUUUACACAUAUAUCCCGCAUAGGCGCCUCUGUGUCCAGGAGAUAAUUGAGUCAAAGCUAACCAAGUUAAUGAUCUCCCAGAUACAGAGAGCUAAAUACAUAAAAACCCAGAAAACACACAGAAAUGGUUAUGAACCCCCACAAGUCUUAUAUCUCCUGAUAGCCCUCAGUGGAGCGCAAAAUCUGUCUGACUAGCGCUCUGAUCUGUGGACGUUUGGAGAAACGCCACCCUGUUAAACUUUAGAUUGACCGCUAGCAUGGUCUAAGCCGAAAAUUGUUUCAGACGGUUAUAGGUUUUUGCCGGUAAUUUAAAAGGGACUCUGGUUAGUUGUGGAAGAGGGGCUCCCCCUGGCUCCCUGGUAGAAAUGGUUCCUUUAGAUGUCUUGUAGUUUCCCUCCAAAGAGUGCUCGCAUUGGGAAAAGGGAAAGAAAUCAGAAUUGAAGGUUUUCAUUGGUGACCAAGGUGGUGAUUGUGGCCGAGCCAGUGUUCAAGGGAAACGCUGAAGUGUUUGGAACAUUCCGAAUUGGUGGGUAUUCCGCAAACGUGGUUAGAGAGAGGCGCUUGCUGGGUCCACGUGGAGGGUAAAGGAACAGUUAGUGCUAUAGUCUUUCGGGGAGGAUUUGGGCUAUCCGCCACAGUAGCCUAUGUAGUGACUGGCUUUGUAAGAUAGUUUGCAUAUUGUCCUUUAUGGACAGAUGGAAUAUGAGCCAAAGAAAAAGUUUCUUGCGCACUAUUCCAAAUCCGUGUGCAUAUUUAUAUAGAGGUUUUUAGUUCCACUCAAAUGGCCAUUAGAUGUAAGCCCAUCUGAAUAUGAAAGUCAUAAAUAUCCUUUACUGAGAGAUAUGUAUUUUUAUUAGUUGCUUAAUAUUGAUUAAUAUGCCUCUCUCUAUAUAGGAUUACAUUGUUAUGAAGAGAUCUGGUGAGUCCAUAAUACAGGGCAGAAUCCCUGGUGUGUCAGAUGGAUCCAGAAGGACCCAGAGCCGCAGCACAGUGCCUCCACCUCACUCACUGAUACAUGAUGGAAACAAUGAGCAGAAGGUCCUGAAACUGACCAAUCAGAUCAUCCACCUGCUAACUGUAGAGGUGAGGCUGCUGGGAAUGGGACAUCAUAGAGUAAAGCCAAGGGAUGUGUCUGGAUGGUGACUGUAUCAUUGUGUGUGCCAGGUUCUUGUUAGGUGUGAGGAUGUGGCUGGAUGGUGACUGUAUCAUUGUGUGUGCCAGGUUCCUGUUAGGUGUGAGGAUGUGACUGGAUGGUGAGUGUAUCAUUGUGUGUGCCAGGUUCCUGUUAGGUGUGAGGAUGUGACUGGAUGGUGAGUGUAUCAUUGUGUGUGCCAGGUUCCUGUUAGGUGUGAGGAUGUGACUGGAUGGUGAGUGUAUCAUUGUGUGUGUGCCAGGUUCCUGUUAGGUGUGAGGAUGUGACUGGAUGGUGAGUGUAUCAUUGUGUGUGCCAGGUUCCUGUUAGGUGUGAGGAUGUCACUGUUUAUUUUCCUUGUAGGUGUGGAAGUAUUUAGAAGGACACAAGGAACCUUACAAUGACUUAAUGAUGGACACUCAGCAGCCUCUCAGCGCACUGGGUAAGAGGAAGCACUUUGUAUAUACACCCUGUUCCAAAUUAUUAUGCAAAUUAUAUUUUUGUAAUUUACCUAAAUAAUUGAUGUAAAUAAAAGUGGGCAUAAUUCUCAUGUUAUCAACUAUUAAGAGUACAAUUCAAAAUUUAUUGAACAAACCUCCUAAUGAUAACCGUAUUUUUUUAAACAUAAAAAACUUGCAAUGCUCUGUUCCAAAUUAUUAUGCACAGUAAGUUUCAAAACACUUUAUAGGUUAUAAAGAACUGAAAAUUGUCAUUUGUUGUGUUUGCAGCAUAUUUACUGAAAUCAAAAGUUAUUUCAAUCAAACUUAUUACAACAUUUUAACUUUUUAAACAUUUUAACCGGUCACGUUACAUUUUAACAUAGGACCCCAUAGCAGCCAUUGAUGCAGAGGUAUUCUUUGCAGCAUGAGAUGGUGCAUUGUCAUGCAUGAAGAUGAUUUUAUUACGGAAACCAUAGUUCUUCCUUCAGUACCAGGGAAGAAAGUGGUCAGUCAGAAACUCCACAUACUUUGCAGAGGUCAUUGUUACACCUUCGUUGACCCUAAAGGGGCCAACCAGCUCUCUUCCCAUGAUUCCGGCCCAAAACAUGACUCCACCACCGCCUUGCUGACGUUGCAGCCUUGUUGGAACAGGGUGGCCGUCCACAAACCAUCCACUACUCCAUCCAUCUGUACCAUCCAGAGUUGCACGGCACUCAUCAGUGAACAGGACUGUUUGAAAAUUAGUCUUCAUGUAUUUUUCUAAACAAGAAAGUAUAAGCGCUAUUUGAGUAUAAAGUCUUAAAAUUAUAUAUAAUCUAAACAGCUGCUAACCACCAUGAAAAUCUUUUACAGAGUGAUAGAAAAUAGUAAGUGGUACCGGUGUAGCGCUUAUGUGCAAAAUUGAAUAUGAAAGAAAGUUUUACCCAAUUUUUCUUCUAUGUUAGUCAAUUAUUUCUUGUUAACCUUAAGGUAAAACAAAGAAAAAAAAAUACAUAACAUAGUGCAGAUUGUAUGUAAAUAUGCAAAAAUUAAUUUAAAACAAAAGCCAAAUGGCAACUCACAAUUUUCUGAGCUAUAAAUCUAGCUCAGAAUUUUGGUGCUUUAGGAUCCGUAUAGGCGACCCUCUCCCUUCUUCUCCUUUCUUUAGUCCAGUCUUUUCUUUCCAGAACGCGUUUCGCCAGGUGGCUUCUUCAGCUGGUUAAAUUCACUGAAUGCCCAAUGCCGCUGUUUCUGCUUGUGAGCAUUGGUUAGUGGUGGCCUAAUAGAAGGUUUAUGCACAGUUGCAAGACUCUGGAGGACUUGAUGUCCGUGGGACUCCAGAGGCACCAGCAGCUUCAAAUAUCUGUUUGCUGCUAUGUAAUGGUAUUUUAACAGCUGCUCUCUUGAUCCGAUGCAUGGAUCUGGCAGAAAUCUUCCUCAAUGUGCCUUUAUCUGCACGAUCCCUCCGGUGCUCUGAAUCAGCCACAAAUCUCUUAAUAGUGCGAUGAUCACGAUUACGUUUUCAUGACAUAUCUAAUGUUUUCAUACCUCGUCCAAGGCAUUGAACUAUUUCACUCUUUUCGGCAGCAGGGGGGUCCUUUUUCUUCCCCAUAGUGCAUGAAAAUGGUGCUCUGCUUAAUAAUGUGGAACACCCUCCUUUAGUAGUUCUUCCUUAAAUUGGGCUCACCUGGCAAUCUAAUUAUCACAGGUGUCAGAGAUUGUUUUCAGUGAUCAAAAGAGCCCUGAGACACAAUGCCAUCCAUGAGUUAAACUGAAAAACAAAAUAUUUAAUCUUUGUGACACUUAAAUAGGAUUUGCAUAAUAAUUUGGAACAGCGUGUACACAGCUUGUGUUAUAACUAUAUAUGUAAUUGAAUCCCUAGCUUCAAAUGUCCAGUAUGAGGUCAGUAUAGUAAUCAAACCCCAGUAUAGCGUGAGAUCACUGUACAUUGUCAGUUUGUUGUAUUUUUGAUUUUAAAUCCGAGCCUGAUUGCAUGUAUGUGACGUUGCUCUCGUUUUCCCGACUGAGUACCUCCACCAGGUCAGUUUCCUAGCUAGAAAACGUUCAGAAUGUUUAAAUUACAAAUUAGAGAACACAUUAAUUCAGUAAAACAGACAAUCAACACUCCAAUCUCCAGACAUAUAAGAGAUUCCCAUGGAGGCUGAACCAAAGAAAUCCCCUUGGAAAGGGGACUGGGAGUUACUUAUGAUGUAGGGAAUCCUUCUGGAUCUAUAAAUUGAAAACAUUGACACCAAAUGGUUUAAAUGAAGGCUUCUCUUUUAUUCCUUUCAUUUGAUAUCAUUCUGUCUUUCCUUUCUCUAUAGACAUAAAAGAUUCUCGCUGGAAUUCCUGUACAAUUUCUUCAAUCGUCUUUACUAGCUACCUAAUAUUUUGUCCUUGUUUAGGAUUUUGUCUUAAAAGGACACUAUAGUUACUAGAACAACUACAGUUUAAUGGAGGGCUUGACAAAUUUGUUUGGAAUCUAGGAGCCUGCUAAAAAAGUUAGGAGCCAGUUUUUUCAAAGCAAAUUUUAAGUUUGAUUUUUAAUGAGAAAAAUGCAAUUCUUAAGGGACACUAUAGACACCAGAACCACCACAGCUUAAUGUCGUCGUUCUGGUGUCUAUAGCCUGUACCUGCAGAUUUUCAAUUGUAAACUUUGCCUUUUCAGAGAAAAGGCAGUAUUUACAUUGCUGCUUAACCCUGUCGAUUAAUUUCCAGACGAUGUGCAGGGGUGGUAGUUUGGAUGCUUGCCCAAUAGCUAGGUACCCAUCCCACCAAAUGUGACAGAGCUCCUGUACUUUACCAGGUCAGCUUCCUAGCUGCUGUCAGAGACUCUGAAGCUCUUCAUAACCAGUUGCUGAAGCUUGACUGGGGAUUCUUCCACAGGCUGCAAUGAUUAUAGAUCAGACCUUCUCCCUUGUAAAGCAGAGAAUACAGCUUUUCCACAAUACAUUAGACAAACGGAAAUGAGGGGGUAGAAUGAUUUUAAUGCACAGCACACAGGUAUUUAUACAGAACAGUGCUGACUCAUCCUGCAGGGGGACAUCCAUACAAAGCAAUGCACAGUACACAGCUAUUUAUACAGAACAGUGCUGACUUUCCUUGCAGGGGACAUCCAUACAAAGCAAUGCACAGUACACAGCUAUUUAUACAGAACAGUGCUGACUUUCCCUGCAGGGGACAUCCAUACAAAGCAAUGCACAGUACACAGCUAUUUAUACAGAACAGUGCUGACUUUCCCUGUAGGGGGACAUCCAUACAAAGCAAUGCACAGUACACAGCUAUUUAUACAGAACAGUGCUGACUUUCCCUGCAGGGGGACAUCCAUACAAAGCAAUGCACAGUACACAGCUAUUUAUACAGAACAGUGCUGACUUUCCCUGCAGGGGACAUCCAUACAAAGCAAUGCACAGUACACAGCUAUUUAUACAGAACAGUGCUGACUUUCCCUGCAGGGGGACAUCCAUACAAAGCAAUGCACAGUACACAGCUAUUUAUACAGAACAGUGCUGACUUUCCCUGCAGGGGGACAUCCAUACAAAGCAAUGCACAGUACACAGCUAUUUAUACAGAACAGUGCUGACUUUCCCUGCAGGGGACAUCCAUACAAAGCAAUGCACAGUACACAGCUAUUUAUACAGAACAGUGCUGACUUUCCCUGCAGGGAACAUCCAUACAAAGCAAUGCACAGUACACAGCUAUUUAUACAGAACAGUGCUGACUUUCCCUGCAGGGGACAUCCAUACAAAGCAAUGCACAGUACACAGCUAUUUAUACAGAACAGUGCUGACUUUCCCUGCAGGGGGGCAUCCAUACAAAGCAAUGCACAGUACACAGCUAUUUAUACAGAACAGCGCUGACUUUCCCUGCAGGGGACAUCCAUACAAAGCAAUGCACAGUACACAGCUAUUUAUACAGAACAGUGCUGACUUUCCCUGUAGGGAACAUCCAUACAAAGCAAUGCACAGUACACAGCUAUUUAUACAGAACAGUGCUGACUUUCCCUGCAGGGGGACAUCCAUACAAAGCAAUGCACAGUACACAGCUAUUUAUACAGAACAGUGCUGACUUUCCCUGCAGGGGGACAUCCAUACAAAGCAAUGCACAGUACACAGCUAUUUAUACAGAACAGUGCUGACUUUCCCUGCAGGGGACAUCCAUACAAAGCAAUGCACAGUACACAGCUAUUUAUACAGAACAGUGCUGACUUUCCCUGUGGGGGACAUCCAUACAAAGCAAUGCACAGUACACAGCUAUUUAUACAGAACAGUGCUGACUUUCCCUGCAGGGGGACAUCCAUACAAAGCAAUGCACAGUACUUUCCGUCAUCGCAUACUUGCAUCAUCCUGCCUUGACCGCCACAUGAUGCGGCUGUAAUGACGUCACUUCCGUGUUUUCGUCAAUGAAGAAAGGGCAAAGUAAAACAAAAGUCGCCACUAUGCACUGUAGAAGCCUGGUUGCUCGCCUGCUCCCUUUAGACUAUGGCCCUGCAGUUCAGACCUGUUAUUUUCCCUGCUGAAUGGUUUAUUCGUGCCUUUCUGCCAGGGUGUUCGGUAGAUUCCAUCUACUGAACCACCUGGGAGCUGGAGUGUGCCAUCAAUUGACCGCCCAGAAGCUGCGGUUAACCGCAGCUUAAUUGAUGAACUCUGGGUGGCCUUUGUUCGUCUGCCGAACACAUGGCAGCGGCCAUUUUACCUCCCGAACGGCCAGCGGUGUUCAGCACCCAAACUAUGGAACUGAAAACGGACACUUAUUGGCACGAACACCGCUGAGCCGCCAGCCUCCUUACCUUCCCAUUCGGUAAGUAGAACCGAAUGACUGUUCAUUCGGUAGUUUCGCCGGAUGAACAGCAUCCCCCAGAUAGUUAAGCCAUGGAGCCUAUUCGUGUAACGAAAGACUAUGGGAAAGACUUUGGCUCCAUGGCGAUUGAACUGUAUGUAUGUGAUCUGAGCGCCAUUCGGUACUAAUGUGCACUCAGAUCUAAGCUAUCUGAGGAUAUGUAGAAUGUAUAUGUGUUAGGUAGUAAAUGUGACUGUAUGUAAUUUUAUGUCUUUUACUGUAUUGUUACUGCCAUGUGGUUAAUGGAGUUUUGCCUCUGUCCUGGGAGAUAAUUGGAUUACUUCCCAAUUAUCUCCAGGACAAUAAAUAGACUGUGGUCUUAAAACCAGCUAUUGUAAGAAAAUUAUAUUCCUCAAGAUUUCAAAUAUUUGGACUUUUUCCUUUUCCUAUUAAAACUUGAUAAUCUUCAAAAUUGGAUUUGGAUGGGUCCCAGUCCAAUUUUUUUUAUAGGUGUGUUAAUCUCCCAAUUGUGAUGUAAUUGUGGGAGUGUUUAAAGGUGUAUGUAUGUGAUUGGCUAAGAGCCAAUAUGUGUCCCAGUUUCCCAUUUGGUCCCCUGGGGGAGUGUCCACCAGGUGGGAGACCUGCAUAAAAGCCGGGCAGUUAGCCCCAGUAAACCAGAUUCUGCUUGACCCUCAAAACGAAGUGUUGUCUCGUCUUUGGGGGGGAUUUACUGUAUGCCGUUAGAGACUGAUUGCCAGGAGUGUAAGCCGCUUGGGGGUGUAGCGGAUCGGCAAUAUUAAAUCCCACGAAUUCCGCUGGUACAUACAGUAAUCCACAGUCAAGCGCUGAAAAAGCAAGGCAAUAUCCCAAAUCCCCAGUAACCGGACGAAACACAGUUCUGGGAGUCAACUGAGGUCUUUAUUUGCAGCUCCAGUAUUUAUGCAAGUCCCCAUACAAGGGGUUUCCAUACUGACUUAGCAGGGGUAACACAGUAGGGGACUACAUGGGGGACUUAACAUUCUGGGCAUUUCUCCCAUCAGGCACUGCUGCACGAGAGGGAUACUCCCACUGGAAUAUACCGUUAGGUGGAUUAUCCCUCCGUGCAGCAGAACCAGCAAUUUACUUUAAAAUGUAUAACUUCCUUAAUACUUGGUCGAUUUACACGAAUGGACGUUUGGUAGAUAGCUGGGGUCUGAGCACACAGUUCGUAAGAAUACCGCUCAGAUCCCAGCUAAAAUAACCGAACGCCGCACGAAAAACACAUUAUUUAUAACACAGGUUAAAAGUACAGAUUGAUAGAGGUGGACCGAACGACCCGGGACUCCCGAACAGUCUGGAAGCCCAGCGGUGUUCGCGCAGUCGAGUAGCCGUUUUCAGUUCCAUGCGCUGGACCACCAAACACCGCUGGGGAACAAAGGAUCCAAGAUGGCCGACCGCCGCGUGGUUGAUAGCCGAACGACUGCCACCUAGGAGAGCCUCUAAUUACCGAUUGCAACAUUGUUGCAAUCGGUUAACAAGCGCCACACGUCCCUUAGUGUGUGGACUAUUGAAAGAUAGUUCAUUCGGUUCACGAACGGCCCGCAAAGGUGCUGUUCGUGAAACGAAAUAGAAAAUGACUAUCUGCUUUCGGCAGAUAGCUAAUACAUGCAAUACAGCAUACAGGAUACAGCAGAUUACAACCAGGCACAUAUACAAUGGUAGUAAAUAUACAGGCAACCCUUAAAAACAUAUUGUCUCUGUUUAGUCCAAGUGGCUAGGUUUGCCACAGGGGGAUUUUCCUGUUCGUCUGCUAACAGCUAUUCGUGUGUCUCCAGUUCGGCUGUUUCCAGUGUUCGUGUGUUUGCAGUUCGGGAGUUGGUGAAUUCGUGGGUUUCCAGUUUGGGAGAUUGGUGCUUGCAGUAGCUGUCUGUGCAGCUGAGAAAGGGGGAAUAUCGCCUAAACGGUUUUUAACCGCAUGUGGGCAAAACGGUCCGUUACAACAAGUAAGGAUGCUUUUAAUAUCAAAUCUCUGUCCAGUUACCUUGGAUUUAAAAAAAGUUCUGGUAUCUUUGGUUAAACUAGAAUUUUUACAAUUUGGACGCAUUUUACAAGGGUAAAAAACAUUUCUUUAAUUAAGAGAAACUGGUCUUAACCGCUUUAAUAAAACUCCUAACUAAAUCACUUUUAAUGUUCCUAGCGCCUCGAUAAAUUACAUUAGGUUUAUCCCUGUAUUGGAGCUCCCUGCACCCUGACUGGGUACUUCUGCCAAAGGACCGCUUCCUAGCUGGAACGGGGGACAAAUCUCAGCACUCUUGCCAUCAGUCACCUUGACUUGACUGGGGCCCUGGAACUGCUCCCUCCUGGAGCUGAAUGGGGAACUUUCUCUAGCAAACCCCAGGCACUGGUCGAUACUCAGUCCUGGGAGCUCUAGUCCUUACAAUGACUUUCACCGUUGAAUCCUUCACACUGGAACAGUGAUUAAAGAAUAACCCUUUCCCCUCCCAGUAACCACGUUUAAUGGCAGCCACAACUGUCCUCAUGUGCAGGUCCCCAUGCAAGGGGCACUCCCCCCCCGGACCUGAGAGUAGAUUACAGUAAAAACAAACGCACAUUGGCUCUCCGGUCCAGAACACUCCCAUACAAAACAAAAUAAUCUCUCCCCUGUGCCUGGGAGAUAAUUGAGUCAAGCACUGUAUUAAACUCCAUUAUCUCAAAGCACAAAAAACACACAUUUCCCAAACACCCCAGAAGUACCUUAAAAAUACAGAAACGUUACAUCCCCUGAUAGCCCAAAUCUGGGUGACCAACCUAUCCAAAAAUCACCAAGAUCGGUUCAGGAAUUUCCUGGAGGUCAUAAUUUGACAGACCGCACGCAUGGUCCCCUAGCCAAAAAUAGUUACGUGGAAUCCCGGGUUAGUGCCGCUGGGGACCAACUGGGAACCACUAAGUCUUCAUGCCGAAAAUAGUUCCGGGGCUUUUGUGGCUAAGUCCCCCUGAAAUCUAUUCGCGGUUUUGGUCAAUGCGAACGGCCGCCAGGAUACUAGCAGUCGGUUCUAUGCGCAUGAAUUGAAAAUGCCGAACCAGGGGAAUAAAAUAUGAAUCUUUAUGUAUAUUGGGAAGAAUAUAAAAGACUGUGGUCUUAAAACCAGCUAUUGUAAGAAAAUUAUAUUCCUCAAGAUUUCAAAUAUUUGGACUUUUUCCUUUUCCUAUUAAAACUUGAUAAUCUUCAAAAUUGGAUUUGGAUGGGUCCCAGUCCAAUUUUUUUAUAGGUGUGUAAAUCUCCCAAUUGUUUGUGAAUUUCCUUAAAGGAUCACUAUAGUAUCAGGAAAACAACCUUUUUUUCCUGACACUAUAUAAUCCUUAGGUCCUCGUGUGGCAAACCAUGCCACUAAAAGACUGACUUUUCUAUGCGAAUGAACGCUUGGAUUAUAAUGGCCGUAUGUUUGCUAAGGCAGGAAUUAUCAGAGAUUCUGUUCACGAACUUUCUACACUGCAGUUUAUGUGAACACCAGUAAACUACCGAAUGAGGGACCACCCCGGUGUGUCCCCUUAUUAACAAUGUUGCAAAGGGUGCUAAUUGAGAGGUCGUGUGCGGCCGCCAUUUCGCCUACCGAACACGUGGCAGCGGCCAUCUUACGCACGAACAGCGGUACUUGGUCGUCGAACGCCUGGAACUCAAAUCGGGCAUUCGACUAACCAAGUACCGCUAAGACCUCCAGCACGCCUAAAAGUAACGAAUGAACCACCCGAACCCCACAGCAUUCGGUAUGUGGAAUCCCACGAACUAGGGGAUUCAUCCGAAUGAUAAGUGAAGCCUGGAUACCAUAGACUUUCGGGACUUUUUAUUCACGAAGAGAGACCGACCGCAGGGCCAGAAUUUAUGGAACUAUUUUCAGCUACUCUGCCCGUGCGGUCGGUCAAAUCUUUCUCCUGCAAUAACUCCCGAACCCCUGGUCCGAUCUGAGUGAAUUUUGAGUAUGUUGCUCACCCAGAUCAGGGCUACCAGGGGACCCCUCAUUCAAAGGUGUACCUCCUGUAUUUAGGGUACAUCCACGAAUUGGGGAAAACUGUGUACCUAUUAAUAAUGUUAACUGUUAAUCUAAGGGGAGGAGAUGUAGGGGAGGUAACCACUAUGUGAUUGGAUACUGUAAUAAUUAUGGAAGUUACCUCCCUUGCAUAGGACAAAUGCAUAAAAGCAGAACUGUAAAUAAAGACCUCAGUUGACUCCCGGACUAUGUGUCGUCUAGUCCUUGGGGAAGGGGAUUAUGCUGUGUUCCUGUAUUCUUGUAUGCUGAAACAUUGUUCCGAGCGGAGAGCUCUUGGAUUAACCCCUGCUACUCUGCUACAUCCCGUCUCCCUCAGGGCUGAAGGGUUUAAAACCCCUUUAGCCACUUACCUUUAUCCAGCGCCGGGCUCCCUCGGCGCUGGUGACCUCUCCUCCCCUUCUGACGUCAGCUCCCGAGUGGUGCCGAAUGCACGGCCAGAGCCGCGAGCGCAUUAAAAACGCCCAUAGGAAAGCAUUUCUCAGUAUCGGUAAGUUAUCGACUAUGACCUGAAAGUUCACAGAUUAUCGGUAUCUGCUCUAAAAAAAAAUCAAUAUCGGUCAAUCCCUACUCUGCACUAUGUAUUGUACCUUUGUUUUUUAGAUUGUUCUGGUUUUAUGAACAUCUAUUUUCUGCUGUUUGGUGUAGUAUAUAAAAAAAAAAAUUCUGUGUUAUUAAUAUUUUUAAGUGUUGUGGGAUACACUUUUACUACACCUCUUAUUUGUGUCUCUAUUUGGUAGCUGUAACGGAUCGCCUGGCACCCCGACUGGGUACCUCCGUUGAAGGAUGCUCCUAGCGCUUCCUGAGGACUCCAAGCACUCUGGUAGACACCACAAUCACCGAACCGGAGAAACAAAUAAAUUCUCCCGAGCAUAUGAAUGCUGUAGACAGUUGAAUAGGAACCAUACAAAUAGGUUUACUCUCCUAGCAGUCAAACUGGAACAGCAUACAAUAAAUCCUUCCCCCAAUAAUGAGACGACACUUCACUUUGAGGGUUAAAACAGGAACUCUUGUGCUGGCACACCCAGCCUGGUUUUUAUUACAGCCUUUCACAUACAGGACCGCCCACAGGGAGGUAUAAAACAACCAAUCACAUAUCAGUUACAUCCCACAUAUUCCCUCCCCUUAUCCUGAGAGGAAACUCAAUUACACAUACAGUUAAAACAUACUUUCUACCCAACUUUCAUAACUUUAAAACUAUACAUCACAUUCACAUAAAAACAUAUUCACAAUCAAUCCAUUCAGGGGAACAACAUAUAAAAAAAAUGGCAUGAAUCCGACCAGGGGUUCAAAAGUUAGUAAAAUUAUCUUUUGGGCCCUGGCUGGCACAUGGUUAUCUGGCUCAAACAGGUUUUACAGAGCCCUCUAUCCUGGAGACAAUGGGGGAAAGUAAUCCAAUUAUCCAGAGAUAGAGGCAGACUCCAUUGAGCACAUGGUUGCAAAAAGACAUAAAACACUUUAAAAUACAUAAAGUCACCUUUUACACAUAACACACAGACAUUUCACAUAUCCCCAGAUAGCUGGGAUCUGAGCGCACAAAACUACCGAAUAGCGCUCAGAUCCUAUUCACACAGUUCAAUUGCCAUGGAGCCGAAGUCUUUAACUACACGAAUGGGCUCCAUGGCAUAGCUAUCUGGGUUAACACAUUCACAUAAAGUCUGGUCCAUAGUCCAAAGGCAAGAGGUGCCCUGGUUAGUCCAGCAACCCACCCACGAAGCACAAACAGCAAUACAGCUCACCCACAAUAACUGGUUACUACACCUGGAUAAAAUAGCAACUUGUCCAUGUCCAGGUGCCUCACCACGGCUGUGCGGGGGGCUGGUAGACUGCCUUGGUGGGUUGCUGAGUGGGCAGAGACCAGCGGUACUCUACCCGGGUGCCAGCGCUACCACUGAAGUAGCCUGGUUGUGGGAGGGGGAGACCGACUGUCUCCCCUCUGGAUACACUGCUCUGUGGCUGGGGGACAGGACCGACCGUCCCUACCCCUGGUGCUGCAAGUGCAGAGACUACGGUCCCAUCUGCAUAGUUGUGGGGCUUAACAUCUCCCCUUGGUGGGUUAGGCUGCCGCUGGAGAGAGGGUGUAACAAGCUCCUCUCUCUGAACUGUAGACUGCCGCUGGGGAGAGGGGGUAACCUGCUCCUCUCCCUGACACUCUCUUUGCUGGUGGAGAGGGGGACCAACUGUCUCCCCUUUCAAUAUUUUGUCCUGCGGCUGGGGUGCGAGACAGACGGUCUCUGCUUCCUGGGGUACACACUGCCGCUGGGGAGGAAGGACGGCACCUUCAGCUCCCUGGGGUACACACUGCCGCUGGGGAGGAAGGACGACACCUUUGCCGCUGGGGAGGAAGGACGGCACCUUCUGCUCCCUGGGACACAUAAUGCCGCUGGGGAGGAAGGACAGCACCUUCUGCUCCCUGGGGUACACACUGCCGCUGGGGAGGAAGGACAGCACCUUCUGCUCCCUGGGGUACACACUGCCGCUGGGGAGGAAGGACGACACCUUCAGCUCCCUGGGAUACAUACUGCCACUGGGGAGGAAGGACAACACCUUCUGCUCCCUGGGACUCACACUGCCGCUGGGGAGGAAGGACGACACCUUUGGCUCCCUGGGACUCGCACUGCGGCUGGGGAGGAAGGACAACAUCUUCUGCUCCCUGGGGUACACACUGCCGCUGGGGAGGAAGGACGACAUCUUCAGCUCCCUGGGGUACACCUUUGAGUCCCCGUAACGCACUCUGCCUCCGGAUAGGGCGGCCGAUACCUUUGGAUGGAUCUGCCAUGAACUGCUGGUACUCUGCUGUUAAUUUCCUCACGAACUGUAUGUAUUCCUCAGCGGGGUUGGGUCCAAAGAAAGCCAACCGCAUGGCAACCUCUCUGUCAAACCGCUCCUGAGUGUAGCCAGGCGCCAUGCUUGCUCUGCCGCCAUUGGUUCCUUUGUAGAUAGGGGCGAUGUACGGAUACUAGCGUUGCCCUCACUUUGUAACUCCAAAUGAACUGUGUCUAUGAGCUGCUUUACCUCGCACUAGGACGCCAUCCCACCGCUGCCACCAAUGUAACGGAUCGCCUGGCACCCCGACUGGGUGCCUCCGUUGAAGGAUGUUCCUAGCGCUUCCUGAGGACUCCAAGCACUCUGGCAGACACCACAAUCACCGAACCGGAGAAACAAAUACAUUCUCCCAAGCAUAUGAAUGCUGUAGACAGUUGAAUAGGAACCAUACGAAUAGGUUUACUCUCCUAGCAGUCAAACUGGAACAGCAUACAAUAAAUCCUUCCCCCAAUAAUGAGACGACACUUCACUUUGAGGGUUAAAACAGGAACUCUUGUGCUGGCACACCCAGACUGGUUUUUAUUACAGCCUUUCACAUACAGGACCGCCCACAGGGAGAUAUAAAACAACCAAUCACAUAUCAGUUACAUCCCACAUAUUCCCUCCCCUUAUCCUGAGAGGAAACUCAAUUACACAUACAGUUAAAACAUACUUUCUACCCAACUUUCAUAACUUUAAAACUAUACAUCACAUUCACAUAAAAAUUACACAUUCACAAUCAAUCCAUUCAGGGGAACAACAUAUUAAAGAAAAUGGCAUGAAUCCGACCAGGGGUUCAAAAGUUAGUAAAAUUAUCUUUUGGGCCCUGGGUGGAACAUGGCUAUCUGGCUCAAACAGGUUUUACAAAGCCAUCUAUCCUGGAGACAAUGGGGGAAAGUAAUCCAAUUAUCCAGGGAUAGAGGCAGACUCCAUUGAGCACAUGGUUGCAAAAAGACAUAAAACACUUUAAAAUACAUAAAGUCACCUUUUACACAUAACACAGACAUUUCACAUAUCCCCAGAUAGCUGGGAUCUGAGCGCACAAAACUACCGAAUAGCGCUCAGAUCCUAUUCACACAGUUCAAUUGCCAUGGAGCCGAAGUCUUUAACUACACGAAUGGGCUCCAUGGCAUAGCUAUCUGGGUUAACACAUUCCCUUAAAGUCUGGUCCAUAGUCCAAAGGCAAGAGGUGGGCAAGCAGCCCCCUCCAAGGACACGUGGCGAGGUCAGUUUCGCCACAGUAGCGACUUCACAUUCACUUUUUUAUUAAUGGCUGUGUGUGGAGAUAUUUUGAGGGGACAGCAAAUUUACACUGUUAUACAGGAUGUACACUUACUACUUUACCUUGUAGCAGAGUGUCACUUCUCCAGUGUUGUCACAUGAAAACAUAUAAUCAAAUAUUUACAAAAAUGUGAGGGGUGUACUCACUUUUGUAAAUUACUGUACAUAAAUACACAGAUAUACAUACACAUUAACACACAGAUACACAAAUAUACACAGACUGACGCACACUCAGCUACACACAGAUGCACACACUGGCACACCCUGACACACAGAUACAUACUGGUACACACACACACACACAAACUCGGAUACACUGACACACACAGUGACACACACACUGAUAUGAACAUACACAUGUCAUAAUUUUUAUAUUUACAGCCACCCUGCAGUUUGCUUACCUUUUGUCUGUCGGAGGCUGACUUGCUAGAUGUGCUGCUUGCUGAGACUGAUGUGUGGGCAUCAGCACAUUCAUUGCUCCCUGUGCUUCCUCUCCAUUGCGGCCUCUCUCCCUAUAGCUGGGAGGAAGUGACAGGCUGUCACAAAACCUUUUUUUUUUUUUUUUGUUCUGCGUGCUUUAUUGGUGGGUGAGCGAGAUGCCCACAAUAGUGUUGUAGUGAUCUAUUCAUUUUGGACUGACCCAUAUUAGGCAUCUUUUUUUUUUUUUUUACACAGAGCACUGUUGUGAUAUUUAUAUCCAGUAAUAAACACUGACCCAUGGUGAGGGAAGAUAGAUUGUAUCCAUUCGUUGACACCAUUAAAGGGACACUCCAGGCAUCCAGACCACUUUUGCCCAUUGGAGUGGUCUGAGUGCCAACUCCCACUACCCUUAACCAUGCAACUGUAAUUAUUGCAGUUUUUAUAAACUGCAAUAAUUACCUUGCAGGGUUAACUCCUCCUCCACUAGAGGGCACUUCCUGGUCCAUAGCACAGGUUUUCUGUGCUAUAGUGUCGCUGGACGUAAUCACGCUAUGUGGAGGUCUAGUGCGCGACAUUGCCGCGCAUGCGUAUUAGGUCUCUGUAGCGGAGCACUAGUUUGCCAUAAACUUCUCCGCUGGUAUUCCAAUAAUAAUGCAGGAACAAGAAGUUAACCCAGGAUAAACAGCAUCAGUGUUAAAUAAAAUAAUCCAGGAAUAUCCCAUCACCUUUUUCCCAAUAACUGGACGACACACACUAUCACGAGCAGAACUGCUGUUUUAUUCCACAUACCCUGCUUUUAUGCAUCUCUCCCAUGCAAGGGUGACACACACAGAAAAUUAUACAGUGACCAAUCAUACACAAGUUACAACUCACACAUCUCCUCCCCUCAGCCUGACCGAAAAUCCAAAUAUUCAGUACAUACUUUUCCCAGUUUUCUAGAUGUACCCCAAAUACAUGGGAUACACCCCUAAAUCUUACAUCCCCUGGUAGCCCUGAUCUGAUCUAAGCUCAUUGAGCAGGGCCCUCAACCCCUCUGUUCCUGUGUGUCCAACUUGUCUGGUUACAACAACAUGUCUGUUCGUCCACCCAUUGUAAAGCACUGCGGAAUUUGAUGGCGCUCUAUAAAUAUCAUAAUAAUAAUAAUCUUGGUGAGCAACAUAAUCAAAAAUCACCCAGAUCGGACCAGGGGUUCGGGAGUUAUAUUCAUGUGUUCGUUUGACCGACCGCACACAAGGUAGUAGCCGAAAUCAGUUCCAUACAUUUUGGCCUUGCGGUCGGUCUCUGUUCGUGGGGUAAAAUACAUGAAAUAGACCGGGCUGAAUAGACUUUGGAUUCCUAUGAAUCCCCUUGUUCGUGGGAUUCCUUCUACCGAACAGAGAACGGAUUUCUGCAUGAAUGAAUGGAAGUCUGGAGGUCUCAGCGGUGUUCGCGUGGGAGAGUGUCCGAUUUGGGUUGCAGACACUCGACGACCAAACACCGCGGGGCAUUCAUAUGACAAGAUGGCCGCCGCCACGUGUUCGUAUGCCGAACGGCGGCCACCCAGGGAACACACAAUAUUUCGUAUAAUUAAUUGCCCAUUAUGCUGGUGUUAAUACCAAUGAGGGAGGUAAACUAGAGGCACACUUCUCUCUGGGGUGGUCUGGUUGUUCGGUAGUUUGUUUGUAUGUCGAACGGAGCGGUUUUAUCGAACAACCAGACGAAUGCUUCAUACAGUAUAGUGUAUAAAUGAGACAAAAAUAACAUUGUAACAAGAAUAUUUAGAGACAGCCCAAUACAGUCUGCUACAGUCUCCCCCGCCGGUGGCCGCACAUGCGCAGUCGGUCUAACCCGCCGGCUGACGUCAGCGGGGGAGGAGCGUGUGCGGACCCAGAACCACAGGGACAUCGGCAGUGGUCUCAGAUAAGUCACUGAAGAGGUUUUCACCCCUUCAGCAACUUGGGAUGGGGGUGUGGGAGGGAGAGGGGACCUGCAGUGUCAGGAAAACGGAUUGUGAAUUGUUUAAAGAAACCAGUGGUGAGAGAUUUAUAGACGUAGAUACAUUAUCUGACUCAAAAGGACACAGUGAAUAACUGUGCAUCUCACUUACUCAUCCUGUGUAGACAUUUAAACAAAAAAAUUUAAUUUGUUUUAUUUUCUUGUAUUUUUCAUCUCAUAGACCAAGGGCUGUCAUUCUUUGGUACAGCAGAUGUUGUGGACUACAUCUCAACUGAUGAUUGACCGACAUGGCUGUAAGAUCAUUUGGGAAGAUGUAGUCCACAACAUCUGGAGUGUCGAAGGUCGCUUACCCAGUCAUAGACUGUAGGCUAAGUUCUGAUUCUGAAUAUAUUUACCCAGUUACCUUAAAACACCAUAACUCAAUAUUUUACCAUCAUAUAUCUUGUAGUGUAUAUACAUAACUCUCAAUGAGGUAAAAGGAAGGUUUGUAAUUCUAUUUGUUUUCUUCCCAGCAAAUGGCUCUCUAAACACAAGUGAAGCGGAUGAUUUACCCAUCCAUGUUCUGUCAGCAAAUUAUGUGACUGAAGGUAGAGUCAAAGUUAAUCAGGGAGGAAAUUCUGUGACGUUUAAUGAACUAAGUAAGAGACCAAGUGAAUCUGUGAAAUCUGAAACAGCUUUAUAUGAAGAAAGAAAUCUACCAGAUGGAGAGAUUUACUCACUGAAAGAAUGUUCCCAAACAAAAUCCACAGUACACACAGAAUAUCCAUCUACUCUCAUUAAGGAGGAUCGAGUCUCAUGUAAAGAAGAAAACAUCCUAGACAAUGACUUGUAUACACCCACAGAACAGACAGAAUAUCCAUCUACUCAUAUUAAAGAAGGUCCAGGCUUAUGUGAAGAAGGAAAUCUCACAGAAACUGACCUUUAUAGAUCUACAGAGUCUACUCCUAUUACAGAGAAUUCAGCCUUGUGUGAAGAAGGGAAUCUCACACACAUUAACAUUUAUACACCCACGGAUCAGACACGGUAUCUAUCUACUCAUAUUAAGGAGGAACCAGCCUUGCGUGAAUAUCCAUCUAUUUCUGUUAGGAAGAAUUCCCCAUUGUAUGGAGAAGGGAAUCUCACAGACACUGACGUUACUACGCAAAAAAAACGUACACAGUGUACAUCUACACAUAUUAAGGAUGAACCAGCCUCAUAUGAAGAAGGAAAUGUCACAGACACAGAGUCUACUCUUAUUACAGAGGGUUCAGCCUCGUGCAAAGAAGGAAAUCUCAGUGAUCUGGACACUCAAGCCUCUGCUUGUGAUCCUGCGAGACAAUACAAAAUGGAUACCAAUAACUCUAAUAGUCCUAAAAAUCAGAGAUUCCGUAAAGGGAAAAAAGUGACUUGUUCUGAAUGUGGGGAAACAUUCACCUGUAAAACAAACUUCAAGGAACAUCAGUGUUUUCCAUCAAAAUCACACAUUAUCGGAUUUUGCAAUACUCGCCAAAUAUCUAAAUCAUGUUCCCGUAUCAAACAUGAAACACAUAUUCAGACAAAAUCUCUUCCCGAAUGUAAUUUCGUUCACAGUGGAGAAAACCAACAAUUUUUUUGUUCCGAAUGUGGGAAAUGCUUUAAAACCGUUUCUCAUCUUAAGCUUCACUUCAGGACUCACACAGGAAUUAAACCAUUUUCAUGUUCAGAAUGUGGAAGAUGUUUCAGUCAGAAAGGCAACUUUAAUAGACAUCUCAGAGUUCACACAGGAGAGAAACCAUUUUCAUGUUCGGAAUGUGGGAAAUAUUUCUCUUAUAAAAGAUGUCGUGAUAGACACAUGAGGAUUCACACAGGAGAGAAACCAUUUUCGUGUUCUGAAUGUCCAAAAUGUUUCAGGGAUAAAAGAUGUCUUGAUAAACAUGUGAUGAGUCACAUAUAA